AUGGUAAUUUUUUUAGGGGGGUUUCAAGGGUCACGAGGGCAAUAUUCAUCGAAUCGAGCAAGGUCUGGUCCCAUAUCAAUAACUGAGGCUUUAUCGACGAUCGUGGCUUAUUUACCCUUCAACUCGUUCGUUGGACCUAACUCACACGGCGAAAAUCCACGGAGUUCUAAUGCCGGUGUUGGACGUAAUUAUGUGCUCCCAUUCAUCAACUCGGUGAAUUACGAUACUCGUAGAUUUACUUUAGAGGAGAAAGCUACACUAAUGGUAUUCAUUACACACGGUAUACAGAACCUUUUGACCGAAUUGAAAAUCCAAAGUGAUGAUUUAGCGUACCUGCUUCGUACGCUUAUUGUGAAAGAUGAGGUGACCAUCCUCCAACGUUUGAGCGGAUUGAUUGAUCAUAACCAUCAAGAUCGAUUUGUCGAUCUGUUUAAUGUAGUAAAAGUUCACCAGUCAAACAUAGCAGCCGUACAAAAUCUCCUCAAUUCUUACCAAACCAUGAACGCGUGGCGUAGCGCAUUGCAAAGAAAUCAAAUGAGCGAGGUAUUAACAGGUCUUCAUGACAACGUGUCCUCGAUUUCAGAGUCAAGCGCAACAUUGUGGAGAGAAUACGACUGGAUUUGGAGCAUG